CCCCUUUGAACGCCGUGCAGCGAAGCGCUAGUGCCGUCAUGGCCUCCGCGCGCGCGCCGCUCUCCCGCCACCUCCACCGCGAUGGGAGCGCCGCACAAACCCCCCUUCAAGGAUCCCAUAACGUUAAGCCAUCAGAUGGAGUGGGAAGUUUGCGGUCCUCUGAAGCAUGCCAAGGGGCUGGGAAACAGAAGAGUAAGACAAAUCUGAGCAGCGAGAAGAGUGCACCCACCCCCGUAACUGCAAGGAGACUCACAUCUCUCGGAUCCACGCCGGCUAAUGGGAUUGUGAAGACUAAAAAAGAUCUUAUGCUUAUGAAAGAGAAAAAGAAACAGAAGGCUCUGGAGAAGGAGAUUCGUGCAUUAGCAAGAGAACGUGGAGAACAGGAUAAAAAACUUAAAGCUCUGGAAGAAGAUCUUGUAAAGAUUGAAGCAAAGCUGAGUGCUGCAGUUCAGGAGAAAACCUCUCUUUCGGCAAAUCUUGCAUGCCUGAAAAAACAGCUUCUGGAGAUAACAAGAAGUAAUGAACUACUAAAGUCAAAGCUGUCUGAAGAUGGUUUGCAGAAGAAAAUGAGCAGUCUGUGUAUGGAGUUGAUGAAGCUCAGAAACAUGAGGGAUGCUAAGGAAAAGACUGCACUGGCAAAGCAGGAAGACAUGGAAAUGAAGCUGCAGGAAGUACAAAGGAAUCUAGAGCAUUCAAAAGGAGAAGUAGCACAGUUACAAGAAAAACUGUCUGCUACCGAGAGAGAGAAAGUUGAAGAAAAGUCUGACACUGAAAAACUCCUGGAAUAUGUUAGAGAGCUCAGUACUGUUGCAGAAACAGCUGAGAAGUACAAACUGAAAAUCAUCCAGGUGGAGGAGACACUGAGUAAGAAAGACCAAGAUAUUGAGAUCCUGAGGAAUACCCUCAAAGCAAAAGAGGAAGAGUCAUGUAAACUGCUGAAAGAACUUAAUGAGAGGUGUCAAUUGCUUCAACAAGAGAAAGAGAAAGAGUUGUUGGAGGCCAAAGGACAGUUCCUGAGUAUGAAUGCUGAAAUAGAAGACCUGAAAAAAAAAAUUUAUUUGGUAGAACAAGAACACCAAAAACUGCUUCAGAAACAUCAGGAGGUCAUCUCUCAACUGCAGCAAGAGAAGGAGUCAUCUGCAUCAAUGCAGCAGAAGUUACUAGAGUUUGAAGAUGAAGUAACAAGUGAGAGACAUCUUCUGAAAGAGGAGCUGAAUGAUGCCAUGAAGGAGCUGAAUAAAUUGCAUGUGAAGGAGAAGAAAGCUGAAAACCUGGUGAAACGACUGGAACAAGAAAUCAAAUCUCAAGAUCUUGAACUUGCACAGAUGAAAGAAGAGUUGAAAGGGAAGAAUUUGGAGUUGGAGCAAAUCAAGGCAAUGCAUAGCAGUGCUGUAUUGAAAAUCCAAGAAGAGCAUAGCAAUACACUACAGAAACUUGGAAAGACUGUUGCUGACUUUGAAAGCUACAAGAAAACAUCAUCUGAAGAAAUUUCCAGCUUUAAACUGGAGAAUACCUCUCUGCAAGAAGAAGUUGCCAGCCUAAAAAAAAUAGGCCAAGAGAAUCUGCAGUUGAUUCAAGAAGCAGAAUACAAUAAAAACAAAACAAAUGAAGAAUGCGCAAGGAUGCUUUUAGAAAUCCGGACCAAGCUUGCACUAAAAGAAGCAGAAACAGAGAGAACAAAAGAGUCUUGCCUUGCAGAAAUUACUAAACUUCAGGAAAAAUUUGAGGAGCAAACUGAAGUUCUGAAAAGCGAACUUGAAGCAGAAAGAUCAAGGAAAACCAUAAGUGAAGAUGUGACCUCUAACUUAAAGAAAGAGAUUGAGACCUGGCGUAAACUAUAUGAAGAUUUACAUAACAAAGUUAAGCCUUUUCAGCAACAACUAGAUGCUUUUGAAGCAGAGAAAAAUGCCCUACUGGAGGAGCAUGGGGCAGCCCAAGAAGAACUGAAUAAACUGAGUGAUGCAUAUGCUAAACUACUUGGCCACCAGAACAUGAAGCAAAAAAUCAAGCAUGUUAUGAAGCUGAAGGAAGACAAUGCCCACCUGAAGCAGGAUGUCUCAAAACUGCGUUCAUUGCUGGCCAAGGAAAAGCAAACCAACAGACAUCUUCAGGAGCAACUGUGUGCAGUACAGGGCAUUAAGCGUUUUGAUCCUUCCAAAGCUUUUCAGCAUGAUAGCAAGGAGAAUAUUCCUCCAAAAACACCUUUAAAAGAAGGUAAUAAAAACAAAAUUUGAAGUUUUCUUGGUAUUAAGAAAAUAAACCACCCGUAAAUUUGUGUGCUACGGGAGACUUCAACAGACUGCUUCUUCAAGGUGAACUUGGAUGCUGUAUAUAAUACAAAUCAGUAGGAGCCCUAGAGAAAUUAUCUAAAAUUAUAUAUUUUUAGAAAAAUUGUGUUUUACUGAGAAGCAACAGGUGACAGCAUAUUCUUGACUCCUGUAUUAUCAGUAUAGGCAUGAACUCUGAAAAGUGUUCACUGUUGCAUGUUUUGGAUAUGCUGAGGCUAUGUAGUUAUGUUUUGAACAGAGCAUUUUAAAUUUGGAAAAAGUGAAUAAGCACUGGAGAAUAAGAUUACAAAUGAAAUCCAAUUUCAUGUAAGUUUUUUUUAUAUAUUUUAAAUUUUUUUUUGCAUCUAAUUGUGUAUACAGUUUUAUGUUAAAUUAAUUUUGCUGUUUAUAGCUACCUUGGUACCAAUGGCAGCAAUAAUGCCAUUUUACUUCUGUUGCCUCCACGCUAUAGAACCAGUGCAGAAAUGGGACUGUACUCUUAAUUUUUAUAUUCUACAGGAUCUAUAUUCAGUAUAUACAAAUUUAAAUCCUGGGGCUAGAUGUUGCAGCUGCUGAUCUUCAGAAGAACAUUUUCAGGUCAAAGUAAAAUUGACUGCAUUUAUCUAAAUGUUUUUGUACUGUGACUAAGAUUAGUGUUUUAAGAUCAAUGCUGUGUCCACUUGACUCUUAACAGUUAGCUACAAAGAUUUUGUGGCAGUUUAUAAGUGAUCAAUGCUACAGUGACAGGGAAUAACAACAGAACUUCUCUCACUUGAGUGGGAGGAGACCCACAAAACUCACUUGCAUUGUACGGACUGGAACUUUGGCAAGGGAGGAAAGACUGUUAAAUUGCAUUUAAAAUUAAGAACAUUUUAGCACAAUAAAAAUUUUAAAUUAAAAAAUUUGUUCAUUUCCUUUGUAAACCAGGGAUAAAACCCAAAAUUACGUUAUAGUGGGAUUCAUCUAAUGUUCUUUUUUCUACUCUCUUCUUCAAAACAAAGCCCAAUGUCAGUCUAGUCUCAAAAACUACAUAUUCUCUAGUCUUAGGGAAAUUAAUUAACUGAACUGUACAAUACAUACAACCUGCAAUUCUGUUAUUUCUCUUAAUGCAAAAGUAAAUAAUGAAUUCAAGUAAAAGAUGUAGCUGUGUUUUUGUUAUUGUCUGUGCAGCUGUCUUGCACAGAGGUGUUGCAGAGGCAGUACCCAAAGCUUAGCUGGUAGAAUUUAUUGAUGUUUAUGCUGACAUUGUGAGCUUACAGAAACUUUGUAAUUCCUAUAUACAAAAAAUGCACAUUAAGUCCAAGGAAAGAAGUUGCUAGAUGUUGUCUGUUAAUGUCGUCUUUGUGUAUUUGCUGGAUUACUUGAUCAUCUGGAGAUUGAGGAUGAGGAUUAGUUUCAAGUGUUUUAAUUAAAGAGAGCACUUGGUAUUCA